CUGGAGCUGGCCCUGAGUGCACAGCUAGUGCGGGCAGAGGAGCCCGUGUGCAGACUGCUGGGCGUAGCAGAGCCGCCAGAGUUUGCCAGGGAUGGGGACCUCGUCAUCGGGGGAAUCUUCACAUUUGUCACCGGACCUAAUGGACAAAUACACACCUUCAAGAGCUUUCCGGAGGACCCAAAGUGCAAUAAUUUAAAUUUAAGAGAAUUCAAAUUUGCUCAGACCAUGAUCUUUGCAAUAGAAGAAAUAAAUCAGAACCCUGAUAUUCUCCCAAAUUUUACCCUUGGAUACAAAAUCUACAAUGCCUGUGGCUAUUCAAACAUUCUGAAAUCUGCUAUUGCUUUAGUGAAUGGGCAGGAGGACAUGCUUCAUGGCAAGAGUUGCACUAAGCCAGAAACGGUACAAGCCAUAAUAGGACACUCUGCAUCAACAACCACUAUGGGAUUUGCAAGGAUAAUUGGAAGGUUUCAUAUACCAGUGAUCAGCCACUUUGCCACAUGUGAUUGUCUGAGUAACAGGAAAGAGUUCCCCUCAUUCUUCAGAACCAUUCCCAGUGACUAUUACCAGAGCAGAGCACUGGCUCAGCUGGUGAAGCACUUUGGCUGGACCUGGGUAGGAGCAGUGAGAAGUGACAACGACUACGGGAAUAAUGGGAUGGCCACCUUUGUGCAGGCAGCGCAGGAGGAGGGAGUAUGUAUCGAGUAUUCAGAGGCCUUUCUGAAAUCAGGGCCACGCAAUGUGCUGCUCAGGGUAGUUGAUGUUAUAAAACACUCCACCUCCAAGGUGAUCAUGGCCUUCAUGACACAUAGGGAGGUCAAGGUGCUGGUGGAGGAGCUGCACAGACAGAAUAUUACAGGCCUGCAAUGGAUCGGCAGUGAUGCCUGGAUCACUGACAACUCCCUCACUGACAGCGAGGGCCACACGGCUCUCAUUGGGGCCUUGGGUUUUGUUGUCAGAAGGGCACGGAUCCCCGGGCUGGGGAAGUUUCUACAGGAGGUUCAUCCCUUUCAAUAUCCUCAAAGCUCAUUUCUCAAGGAAUUCUGGGAAACGGUGUUCAAUUGUACUCUGACCCCACACAGCAUCAGUGAUACAAGGAGACUCUGUACUGGGACUGAGCAUUUGAGAGAUGUACAGAAUGAGUUUACAGAUGUUUUUGAACUGAGAUUCACCAACAAUGUGUAUAAAGCUGUGUAUGCAGUGGCCCACGCCUUGCACAACCUGCACACAUGUGAACACAGCCAGGGUCCCUUUCCCAGUAACAGCUGUGCAGAUGGCAUCAACAUACAGCCAUGGCAGGUCUUGCACUAUCUACAAACAGUGAAUUUCACAACUAAAGAAGGAGAGAAAGUUGAUUUUGACAGCAAUGGAGACUCACCAGCCACAUAUGAACUCAUUAAUUUACAAAGGGUAAAAGGCACCAUGAUGGAGAUUGCCACAAUUGGUUACUAUGAUGCAUCACUACCUAAAGGACAGCAGUUCACUAUGAACAAUGUCAGCAUCAUCUGGGGGGGGGACAGUAAGAAGGUUCCUGUGUCAGUGUGCAGUGAGAGCUGUCCCCCAGGCACUCGCAAAGCCGUGCAGAGAGGGAGGCCCGUCUGCUGCUAUGACUGUGUGUCCUGCGCUGGGGGAGAAAUCAGCAAUACCACAGAUGCUAUUGAAUGCUUGAAGUGCCCACCUGAUCACUGGUCCAAUGAGGGACGGCAUGCAUGUGUCAUCAAAGAGGUUGAAUUCCUGUCAUAUAGAGAAAUAAUGGGGAUAAUUUUGACUUUGUUUUGUUUAUUAGGAGUCUGUCUAACAAUGACUGUAGCUGCAGUUUUAUUCUAUUACAGACAGACCCCCAUUGUCAGGGCCAACAACUCUGAGCUCAGUUUCCUGCUGCUCUUUUCAUUGAAACUGUGUUUCCUUUGCUCCCUCACCUUCAUCGGUCGGCCCUCUGAGUGGUCCUGUAUGCUGCGCCACACAGCGUUUGGGAUCACCUUUGUCCUCUGCAUCUCUUGUGUUCUGGGGAAGACAAUAGUGGUGUUAAUGGCCUUCAGGGCUACACUUCCAGGCAGUAAUGUCAUGAAGUGGUUUGGGCCUCUGCAGCAGAGACUCAGUGUUUUUGCUUUCACUCUCAUUCAGGUCCUCAUUUGUAUUCUUUGGUUAACAAUAUCCCCUCCUUACCCCAAUAUGAACAUGAAGCACUACAAAGAAAAGAUCAUUCUGGAGUGUGAUGUAGGAUCAGCAGUGGGGUUCUGGGCUGUGCUGGGUUAUAUUGGUCUCCUCUCUGUCUUGUGCUUUUUCCUGGCUUUUCUGGCUCGUAAGCUGCCUGAUAACUUCAAUGAAGCCAAAUUCAUCACAUUCAGCAUGCUCAUAUUCUGUGCAGUAUGGAUCACCUUUAUACCAGCUUAUGUCAGCUCACCUGGAAAGUUCACUGUAGCUGUGGAAAUAUUUGCCAUUUUAGCCUCUAGUUCUGGUUUACUGUUCUGUAUUUUCAUACCAAAGUGCUACAUCAUACUAUGUAAACCAGAACAAAACACCAAAAAACAUUUAUUAGGCAAACAAACAUUCAGCAAUACAAGUAGUAAAAAUUAUAUACAAUGA